GCCGUGAGAUGGAGGGUAUGGAUUGCUCUCAAACACUCCCCUGGAUCUAAACUUUACUUUUUUGUAGUUUGGAUAAAUCAACUUUCACCUCCCACUGGGUGGAGCAGAGGCUUAAAAGAGAAGCUGGAAUGUAGUUGCUGGCAGUGUUUUGCUGCAGACUAGAGUGUAUCAUUCUGUCCCAUCUAAGCAAACACCAAUCAAAGGAAAAGAGGAAGAGAAUAGAACAUCUGCUACUUCUACUACAAGUUACUUACUAUAUAUCAUCAGAAACCACAACAAGACAAUUUAGGAGUCACGACUUGUGAGCUGAUAACAGUUGUGAACAUGGAAGAAGAUGCAAUUCAGAUAGAGAAGAGCAAUGAAGACUUUCAGAAGGGUGGGCAUCAUGAAAGUCAGGAGCUGGUGGUGCCCAGCCACAGCCCUACAGAAUCACCGUGCUCCAGCCCUACUCCCCAGCAACUUGUGGCUGCAGACUCCAUCAAAGAUAGCAAUCAGGUCAACGCCAUCACAGUUCUCACUCUGCUGGAUAAACUGGUCAACAUGCUGGAUUCAGUGCAAGAGAACCAGAACAAGAUGGAGAAGAGGCAGAUUGACAUAGAAAACUCAGUAAAGGGUAUCCAAAAUGAUAUCACUAAGUUAUCUAAGAGUCACUCCUCCACUAGCAACACUGUCAGCAAACUUCUAGAGAAGUCUCGCAAGGUCAGUGCUAACAUGAGGGACGUCAAGGAUCGCAUGGACAAGCAGACAGUGCAGGUGAAGAAGAUGGAGAGCAAUCACAAUCAGCUUCUAAGAAGGAACAAUUUUAAAGUCCUAAUCUUCCAGGAAGAAAAUGAAAUACCUGCAAACGUCUUUGUGAAAGAGCCAACACCGGUGCCUAGCAUAACAGAAGGCCACGAAGACUCCAUUGACCCUAACAAGUCUCAGGAGGAAACCAUGCACACGAUUGACCUUUCUUCAGAUGAUGAAAUUAAUCAUGAAGAAGAUGGGCAUGAUGACAGUGUAGAUGAGAAAUUAGGACCAACUAGGGCUGAGAAAAUGAAAAGAUCCAGCCUGAAGAAAGUAGAUAGCCUGAAGAAAGCAUUCUCACGUCAAAAUAUAGAAAAGAAGAUGAACAAGAUCAGCACUAAAAUUGUGUCACCAGAAAGAAGAGAAAAAAUUAAAAAGUCAUUCACUCCAUCCCAAAAUAAAUCUUCAAAGGGCUCAUCAUUUAAAUCUCCAAUUACCUUUAGCAUUAAGAAAUCCCAUGAUGGGGAGACUGCUGAGGAGAGUGAGGAAAAAUCUGCAAAGGAACCUGCAGAAGAACAAGCUGUGAGUGACCAGAAUGAUAGCCUGAAGGAUGAGAAGGCGUCUGAGGUGCUGCCUCCAAAUGAGGAAGUAAAAACAGUGGAAGUCUCAAUAGAUAGCGACACUAACAUGGAAGAAGCAGAAGUUUUGAGAAAAAACAUUGAACUUUCUAUUGUGGAAGAUGAUGAGGAUAAAGAAUUGGACUUUGAAAAUGAGAACCCAUUUAGCCCCGACUAUAAGCCAAAGCCUGAGGAAUUAGAGGAAGCUUAUGAAGCACCUACUCAAUCAACUGGUCUCCAAAUAGAUCAAAGUGUAUAAAGGUGUUUAAUAUACAAGCAGCUGGUUGCAAGUUGUGAUUUACAUAGAAAUGUGUUCAGGUCCAUUUCAUUCAGAAGACUACAAUAUGUGAUAAUUGGAUGCUAAAAAAAGUAACCAAUUUAGGUUAAAAAAUAUACUUACAGUAGAUGAGGGAACCUACCCAUAAAAAGACUACACUAGUAGUGAUAAUCUAACAAUUUAAAUAACUAUUUACAUGCAAAGUGCAUCAGAACCCUACAUCACCUAUUCCUCUGAAUCCUAAUAUUAGUGUUUUCAAUAUAACUUAUAUUAUACUGUAGUUGUUGUAAAAAUGCACUAUAAAACAUGAGGUGGACCUUAGAACUGGUCUGUAUUAUUUCUGCACCAAGCUGUACUCACACCAUCAUCUAUGACAACCCUCAAAGGGUAUUUCUGAAAGAAUACAUUUUAACAUAAACCGGUUUAGAAAUUGAGACAGAAUAAUUUUAUACUGAGGAUACUAAGACUAUGUCAGUCUUUACUUCUUAAACCAUGUUGAUCUACAUUAUCUGACUUCUCUCAUUAUAAUAAAUGGGACCAAUAAUUAAAAGAACACAGGAAUUUAGUUUUCAUAACUACAGUAGAUGAAAAGGAAAAAUGUUUUAGCUUAAAGACAGUAAUACAAACACAUUCGUCCUUUAGUUGGUUUACAUAUAUUUAGUGGUUUGUUUGUUUUUUGCCAGAUAUAGCAUUCUUGACCAAUGAGCUGAUAACAAUGAUUGUCUUAUCUUAGCAUCAAGGCAGACAGCCUAAACUGUAACUUUAUGUAUUUAUGGAUACACAAAUGGAACAAGUUUAUUUGAGGCAGACAGCACAAUUCAUUUACUGAAGCACAGAUCUACUCUCCUGGCAUCCAAACCCCACCUAUCACAUUUACAGACACAGUGUAAUGAUGUGGAAGAGUGAGAACAAGAAAAGAUCUUUCACCGUGACUUGUGUCUUCCAUAAAUCUGCUCCACAUACAGUCAGAGCCUGUAUUGCCUGGAUAAUGUUCACAUAUAAUGUAUAUUUGGAGAAGGUACAGUCAUUAUACAUUAUAAACACACUUUUUUCAUAGAUGCAUUGCAGUAGGGACAAGCGGUGGUGAGCUGGAAGGGGUAAACUUAAUUUAAGUCAUUUCAAUUUGUGAUCCAACCAUAUAUAUCAAAUAUACUAACAGUUUCAACUAUACAUUUGUAUGCCUUGGGCAGUAAUUGCACUUCCACCACCCCCAAACUCCUAAUAUAAAAAGAAAAAGAAAAGCUGCCAAGUAGUAGAGUGAAUAGUAGAGCAGAUUUCAUUAGGAAUUCAGGUAAUCAGGACAGAGCAGAAGAACUAUUAAUUUCCAGUGUAUUAUUGUGCAUGCUCCCCAACUGUAUGUGAUGAAGGAUGAUUCCUGCCCUAUCUCUGUUGCCCCUUCAGUAAGGUGUACAACUUAUUGAAUCAAGGCCCACAUGUAUUGAGCCUUAACAAGAGAUCGAGUGGAGAUGGAUAAAGAGAAAUAAAUGAUCAGCCAACCAGCUUCCUAAUUGCCACAUCACAGGCUGUGUUUGAAAAAAUUAGGAGCUGGUUAGCUCGUGAUUUAUCUCUCUUUAUCCGUCUCCAUUUUAUCUCUCGUUAAAGCUGAAUACAUGUGGGCCAUAAUAUUUUUUUUUAAAUGAUCAAACAAAUAAUAGACAUAGGACAGGAGAGGCCACCAUAAAAUGCCUAGUAAUGGAGCUUCGAUAGGGAAGUCCGUAAAAUACUACAGGUCCUAGGACACAGACUUGGUGAGUGCUAAGAAACAUAUUGGAAGAAGACUCUUAAUAUAUAAAAUUAAAUCUAAUUAAACACAUCUAGCACCUAACAUUAGCCAAAGUUCUGUGCAGUAAUACUUCUAAUCCUAACCAUAAACCAAGUUCUAGCUUUAAAACUAUCCAUAUCUGUUUUUGGCUACACUAAAAAUGGAAAUAACAGCCUUACACUGUAUCAUUUUUCUAAAUUUGGUUUUGUAUUGGUCUUGAUGAAGUUAUACUGUAAUUUACCCUUCAAGGUCUGCAAAGGACUACAGUGCUAAUGUGAGCUUUGGUUUUGGGUCCACUAAUGUUUUAAAGUGAUCCUAUUUGCAGAUGAAAAAUCAUAUUGAACGUGCCCUAAAAAAGUAUUCUACUCAGGUAUUCUACUCAACAAUAUCCAGUUAUAUAUUAUUAGUUAUUGAAGGGAAGAUUCAAGUUUGUGCAAGGUCCUCUAGUAGCCUUGAGAGAUGUGCUUCUGCAUACUUUUCCAUAUAUUAUUGUACAGAAAACAUGGCUUCUGUUAGUUGCAAGCACAAGUAAGCUAUGUUUAGUAGCAACGGAAUAUCACGCAGACACAGCGUGCAAGGCUUCAGGGCUUAAUUGACUGUCCUUAAGAUUAGGAGAGUAAACCUAACAUCAACAGUUUAGACAUAAUACAUUAUACAGUACUGUGCAUACCAGCUUAAUAUAUUCAUUCAUUGACUUUAUGCUAUGUCUUCUUCACAUAACAGGCAAUUAAGUAAAAAAAUAUGGAAAUUCAAUUACUAAAUAUACAUGCAGAUUAAAGAAUUUGUCAGCACAGAUUCAUGAUAUAUAAUUUUUACAUACAGUACACAGACACUGUUCCUUUUGUAUUUAUAAGCAUUUUAAUAAUGCACUUGAUAUUAUAUGCGCUAUAUAAAUUUAUAUAUUGAUGUUGUAUAGUAAAUUUAACAUCAACUGAUAACUACUGUAAUAUGUUGGGAAAGUUAUUUCAAUAAUGAAAACAGAUUUUUAUUAAGGAUGGUGACAGCAUGUGUGAUGGUGAAGUCAUUGAGGGGAAUUCAAUUCUUUGAAAAGUCGGUUGGGUGUCUGUUUUUUCUUGUCUAUUAGAUAGGAAAAAACAGACACCACACUGACUUUUCAAACAACUGAAUUCCCCCCAUUGUGUUUGCAAGUUAUUUUAUUCUGAAAAUGUAAACAGAGUGAUUUGAGAAGAUACUUAACAUAUAUCUACAAUAAUUAUUUUCAUAUAAUAACAUUAAAAGAUUUAAUUCAUAUUUUAUUACAGAUAGGGGCAUUAGGCAACCCUUUUAUUCCAUUGCACUAAAAAUAAUUAGUACGUGAAUUAAGUGGGCUAUCAGUAUACAUUGGCAAAUAUAGCACAAAAUCAUAAUGAUCUAAAUCAACUUUGAAAAGUAAGAAAGACUUAUUAAGGGGAGAAUAUAUGUGACUUAUUUGUAAUAUACAUAUAUAAUGGCUGCAACAGCUAUGGGACAUACCUAGGAGAGGACUGGCUGCUGGGAACAGUAUGGGCAUGAGGGAAGGGGGCAGGACAAGGUGAUGAGGGAGGCUUGAAUUAGUAUUCAGGUCUCAGUGCUUAAAAAGUUCCACUAACCACUGUUUUCUAUAAUUGCAAUUGAGAGCACUAAAGGUCAGAUUUAUCAACAAGUUUUAUCAUAAGCAACAAGCUUUGGAACUCGUUUAUAUAAUAUAUGGUGCUCUAGCCAAUCAGCUCCUAAGUUUCAUGUGUUUGAAAAAUUAUAGUUGGGAGCUGAUUGGCUGUAGCACCAUUUAUCAUAUGCAACAAGUUUUAAAACUUGUUGCGUAUGCUAAAGCUUGUUGAUAAAUCUGCCCCUAAAGGACCACCAGGGGCUAUUUCUGAGCAACAUGGAUCUCUCUUCGCAUGUUUUUGCAUACAGCGUAUGUGCAGAAGUGAAUUUAUGCAUAUUUGUCCGUCCUAUUUUGAGUUGGAUGCAACUUGGCCGGAUCUGUCUGUGAAAAAGGAUGUUUCAGGGCUUAAACUAUCUGAAACCUCACUUUUGGGAGAGUUGUGGCUAUCUAUCAAAAGCUCCUGGCAAUUCUGUGUUAUGUGUACAGAGAAGGAAAGCCUGUUUCUGAUGGAUUUCAUGACACUAAUGAUGACACUUGUGGGUGCAGGCAUAAAAUUAAUGGCUGGCACUGGUGUCACUUGCACGUGCACAAUAUGUCACAUUAGUUGAAUAAAUAUUUUGCAUUAGUAUAGAGUAGUAAGACUUCUGAGGUUGCCCAUGACUAUAGCCCCUUUGCGUGAGACUCAGAAACGGUCUAUAUGUCUCUAUAACUAUUACAGAAGACCAUGGUGUUCUUGGCCAGCUAUCUUGUACUAUCACUUUAGAAUUUCAUGCAGAAAUAGGGAUAGCAAUACUGGAUUUCCCUUUCCAUUACUAGUUAACAAGGGACUGGCAAAUUCACAAUAAGCAUAACUCCUCACAAUAAAGGGCUUAAAUAAUAAAGUACAGCAAAAAGCAUAAAUGAGCUGGUAGUCACAGAAACCAACCAGAUUCUUAAUUUUAAUUUCUAGUGCAGCUUAGAAAGUAAAAACAAACAUCUAAUUGGUUGCUAUAUCUUUCAGCCCUUUUGUAACGGUUGCAUUGUGUUAUUUUAUAAGAACCAUACAGUAGUUUCUAAUAGAAAAAUGAAAGCAGAGGAAGAGCCCACUAAACUGGUAGAGAACACUGAAUUAUGGUUGUCUAGAAAUGAAUACCUAUUGUUGAUUUAUUUAUGUUGAGUUUCUGCAACAAGAUCUGUUUAGAAGGGAGGCAGUUAAUUUGCUGGUUGUUGGAGACCAACGCCGGGAUCCCAACUGCUGGUGAAAUACCGACGGUCGGAAUCCUGACCUCUGGCCAAAAUCUCCACUCAGGUGUUGGUCCAAGGCACCAGCCGAGUGGGAAUAUAACCCUGUGGUGACCUAAGGUCAUCACUGGGGCCAAAGUGUGGCGAGCGCAGCAAGCCCGCAAGUGGAAACGCGAUGCUCGCCGCUGGUAUUCUGGAUGUUGGGAUCCCGGCGUUGAUCUCCUGACCACCGGGAUCCUAACAGCUGGGAUAUCAUAUUGAUCCCAUUUAGAACUUUAUUAGAAUUUUCAAGUGUUGUAGAUUGGUGCUAUUAUAUAUCCAUAAAAUGUAAAAUGCAGUAAGCUUUUAUGACUCCACAUACAGAAGGAGCAUGUUUGUUAUAGACAAGAUGUGUUGUUCAUCCUGUUGCUCUAUUUUAAUGGAGCAAGGCACAUUUAAGCACAAAUGCCACAAUCAGCGCACUGAGUUAACUGGCUCCCAAUUGUUCAUCUAAAAAAAAUAUAUAUAUAUAUAUUCCCCAUCUGUAGUUAAUAGUAAAUGAAUACAAUUAUACUUAUGUGCCAAUGUUGCUUACGGCAUAAAUGACUAAUGAUCAGGGCUGUAGAUGGCUUUGAUCUCACAGACUCACUUGUUUUGUAAUCAGGUGAAAUUAUAAAUUAGCGCAGGUGCUGCGUUCAUUCUGGCUGCCAUCUUUGGUUGUACCCAGUCAAAUCUGAACAUGGCUUUACCAAGCAUAUCAGAGAGCGGUGCUUGGUAAUUAUUACUACAUAUGGGCCCAAUGUUUAAGUAACAUACCUUAUAAUGACUACUAGGCCUUAUGUCAAUAGAUGUGGAAAAGUAGUAAAUUGGUAAUACAUUUAUUACAAAGUCAUUUAAAAUGCAUCUAUAAUCGUACAGUAGAUUAAUAUUUUUAAUAGUAUAUUAAGCAGUAUGUAUCACUUUCAGUUAGUUCUAUAAACCUUUUUUCUCCUGCCUCUAUCUCCCCCCUAAUGCCAGUGGUUACAGCAUAUAUAUAUAUAUAUAUAUAUAUAUAUAUAUGUACAGUAUAUAUCUAUAUAUAUAUAUAUAUAGCAACCUGCUUCCUUGAAACCAGAUGGUAGGGAUGGCAUGUUCUCCUCUCAGGAAUGGAAGAGUGAUGCUAUAGCCAAGCACCAUACUGCCAGCACAACACUGACAUGGAGAAGAAGACGCAGCCCCUCGUGUAAAAUCUGCCAGCUCCUUCUCUUUGAUAGCAGUGUUGAACGUGUGAGGGCACCACAGGGCAUUAGAAACACUGGAUGAGUGACCUUAUGUCACACAUUCAAGGACUGAUUCAGAGAUGGACACUGCUGCAUCCGCUCUAACGUCUUUUGCCUGAGAAGCGCGGGUUUGAUAAUAUGCAAAUGCUAGUUUCAGCUUUCACCUUGUGCACGAGCGUGCAUCUGUAUGUGCAAACCCUAAUAUGCUCACUUUUAGAUGUUCACCGCUGGUGAUUCUAGACAGUCCACCAUCGUGAGCACCAUUCACGCUUGUACCUGUCCUAUGGCAGGUGCAGUUUCUCUGUCUGAAUAUGGCCUCUGCAGAAUCAGAUGAGAAUGCAGCAUCUGUCACUGACACACCAUAAUAUGCCCACGAAAGAGAUUUUAUUUUUAUUUUUUUGCGUUCACAUCAGGCCACCUCCCAAAAAUGGGCAUCACUUUGAUUCUCAAAUUCUGAAUCCAUCGGUUACGCAUAUGCAAUUUUUUGUACAUGCACACUAGCACAUAAUCGCUGAACUCCAUCUACAUUGGAAUAGUGUGCAGCUUGUGUGUGCCUUGGAAUCAGUUUUAGGUGCACUCUAGCCAUUGGUGCUGUAGGGUCACCUAAUGAUAACACUAGCCCUGCCAACUAGAUGAAUGUACUGUAUGAGACUGAUAUUUAAAACACCACUUUUCUGCUGCUAUAACAGCUCUAUAGACAUUAGUGACCAGCUAUUAAUAGGAAGUGGGAACAUUACUCAAACUGAUUUGACAUAGAAAAACAAAUAGCUUUUAUUUAGUUGAGGUUCUGGAGAUGAAGAUUCUUUAGUUUUUAUCUCAGAAUGGCCACUGUUGCAUUCAUCUAUACAGGUAGGAAACUGCUUUUGUUCUCAUGUCUACUGUUCACACUGCAUUAUUUAACUUAAUACACAGUCUCAGCAGUAAGCUAGAACAAAUACCCCAGUAAUGCAGAAUAUCAUUUUAGAGUCAACAACUUUUUUUUUUUUUUUUUGCUUUUUUUGGGUAUAGUACACUAAUGUACAUAAGGAUUUAUAUUUAGAUGUACACUUAACAAUACAACUAAUCUAAUUUCAUCCAUAUCAUUUGAUCAUUUUUAUCUGCAAAGUAGAACACAUUGCUAUAGCCAACAGCACAUACAGUAACAAGAGAAAUGCAUCCUGUGCAAAAGGUUUGAAUUACCCAGAGCCCUUUGUAACUGUCAGGCAGGUCUUGUUCUACAGAAAGCAGGCUAUAUAACACUAUUGCUACUUUUGUUUCCUAUCUCCCUCUCAGAGGCACUACAAAUGUAACAUUAUACUGGCAGAGAAACUGAAUAAUGAUUGAGUAUGAAAUAUCAGGAUUUAUGUAAGGUUAUAUUUUCCAGGAGUCAAACGCAGUAGAGUGAAACCUGUGAUACUGCAGAUGAUGCUGGAGAAAUGAAAUACAUUAUCUUUUACUUGUACACUUUGUGACUCUUUUUUUCCAUACAUACAAUGUCUCCUUUGUUCUGUAUCACAUUCUAAUACUCUCAAUGAAAAUGGAAAGUGUGCACUUCAGAAGAUAUAGAGUAAUGUGAAUAUUUCUGUUAUACCCUGUGUUUUUAUAUGUGGCAUUAAGCUAUGUAGAUGUCACCUGGCUUGUUAUACAUCCUGUUAAAAAUAAUGGAAGCUAAAGUUUUACACGUAUUACAUGCAUUUCAAGAUUAACUUUUUUUUUUAGGAAUGUGGAUUAAACAGUUAUGUAUUUUGGAGAGAUCAUAUUAUAUGCUUGAAGGUUGAAGCUACACUUACAGAGUCUCACUUAGUUUAAAUUGCACAGUAUAAUGUUUUUCUAUGCAUAGCAGUUUAGCACUUUUGCUGCUGUAACUAUAUAAAUAUAUAUAUAUAUAACAAUAUAUUGUAAAUAAAUCACAAAUAAAAUGCUAA